GUUUCCCCCCUCUCUUGCCCCAGUACUGGUAUUUAAUAUAGAUAUAAUAGAAAUUGCUCCGUUACGUUGUUAAAUGAAUAUUAUUUAGAUGUCAACAUUUGUAUCUUCUGACCAAAGUCAACACGGCUGGCUACGUCGUAUUUAUCAGUCUUAUGGCGAGCACCUGGUGGAGGGCAAUGGCGGUACAGUCGGUUGCUUCUGAUCGAUAGGGAACCCCAUCGCUCAUCAUUAGCAUCUCUGCUGCGGGCGAAUUGUGUUGCCCAAUCCACGGCCUUCUCGUCAGUUCUAUUUAGGGACUGCAGCACAUUUCAGUAAUGUCAGGCCAAAGGCCAAAAUUCACUGGUGGCCUAAGGUCGCUCAGUGUGACAUGACGGCGCAACGUCCCCCUGUGUCGCGGCAUGCUGACGGUAUGGAAGAAUCUUUUCCUCUCCCUGCUGGCCUUGACCUUCGCGUGGAUGCUGGUCACAUCUUUCCUCCCCACAAGCAUCGACCUGACAGUCGCCAACAGGGACUAUGUUGCUGACAGCAGAUUCAUCAAAGUCUUCCCUCACCGACGCUUCAAAAACACAACCAACAAGCUCAUCCUGCUAUGGACCAAAUAUUUCGGCAGCAGUGAUUGGAACUUCCAACGCAGUUUCCUGCAAUCAUGUUCCAGAUCAAGAUGUGAAAUGACCACAGACCGGGGCCGCGUGGCGGAGAGUGACGCAGUGUUGUUCAACUCCAGAGAUGUGGACACCUCCACGGUGUUUCCAGAAACACGGAGACCGGAGCAAGUGUGGGUACUGCACAACUCGGAACCCCCGUACUAUAUAUACACUGACUUAGCUGCAUUCAAUGGAGUUUUCAACUGGACUAGUUGGUUUAGGCAAGACGCUGAUAUAUAUUCCCCGUAUGGCGAUUAUAAGAAAGUUGAUGAGCACAAGAACACUCUUUUGCCGAAUUUCCACGCCCAAAAAAGUAACCUGUCUCUGUGGGUUGCAAGUAGUUGUACGGACAGAGCGCGGCGAUACAGACUCGUGCACGAGAUCGAGAAAUACAUGGACGUAGACACGUACGGUGCAUGUGGGCGACACAUAUGUCCCAAAAGGUCGAAAAAAUGUCCUGAUAUCUUUAAAAAAUACAAAUUUUUGUUUUCACUUGAAAAUGGCCACUGUAGAGACUAUAUAACGGAGAAAUUUUGGAGCGCGUUAAGACAAGAUCAGAUUCCUGUGACGUGGGGAGGCGCAGACUACAAGAAGAUGGCACCACCUGGCUCCUACAUCGACAUCAAACACUUCCCCAGUCCACGGGCACUGGCGAUGUACCUGAACCACGUGGCCAACAACGCCAGCCUAUACAACAGCUACUUCCAGUGGAGGAGGCGGUAUGAGGUGACCCAGCACCAGGUGGUAGGCUGGUGCCACCUCUGUACAGCUCUCAACGACCCACGGCGACCUGCCCAGCUAUACACAGACCUCCGUGGCUGGGUGGAUGCGGACGCCUGUCGCGGUUACUCUGUUUGGGGCGUUAUUACAGACUACAUUGCCCGUGUUGCCUUUCUCAUUGGCUUCUGAUAACAGACAACCCUGGUCGCAGAUGUUGCCAGUCUUGCUGACUCCAGAUAAAACCACUCCUGGCGAUACGACUGCUAUUUGAAUCCUAGACAAUCAUGAUCUCAGAUAUAGGCUCACUGCUAAGUCACAGAUAAUAUUAUCUUGUCGAUAGGCUUACUGCCAAGUCACAUACAAUCAUAUCUUGUCGAUAGGCUUACAACCAAGUCACAUACAAUCAGAUCUUGUCGACAGGCUUACUGCCAAGUCACAUACUAUCAUAUGUUGUAGGUAGGCUUACUGCCAAGUCACAUACAAUCAGAUCUUGUCGACAGGCUUACUGCCAAGUCACAUACAAUCAGAUCUUGUCGACAGGCUUACUGCCAAGUCACAUACAAUCAUAUGUUGUAGGUAGGCUUACUGCCAAGUCACAUACUAUCAUAUGUUGUAGGUAGGCUUACUGCCAAGUCACAUACUAUCAUAUGUUGUAGGUAGGCUUACUGCCAAGUCACAUACAAUCAGAUCUUGUCGACAGGCUUACUGCCAAGUCACAUACAAUCAGAUCUUGUCGACAGGCUUACUGCCAAGUCACAUACAAUCAGAUCUUGUCGACAGGCUUACUGCCAAGUCACAUACUAUCAUAUGUUGUAGGUAGGCUUACUGCCAAGUCACAUACAAUCAUAUGUUGUAGGUAGGCUUACUGCCAAGUCACAUACAAUCAGAUCUUGUCGACAGGCUUACUGCCAAGUCACAUACAAUCAGAUCUUGUUGACAGGCUUACUGCCAAGUCACAUACAAUCAGAUCUUGUUGACAGGCUUACUGCCAAGUCACAUACUAUCAUAUGUUGUAGGUAGGCUUACUGCCAAGUCACAUACUAUCAUAUGUUGUAGGUAGGCUUACUGCCAAGUCACAUACUAUCAUAUGUUGUAGGUAGGCUUACUGCCAAGUCACAUACUAUCAUAUGUUGUAGGUAGGCUUACUGCCAAGUCACAUACUAUCAUAUGUUGUAGGUAGGCUUACUGCCAAGUCACAUACAAUCAGAUCUUGUCGACAGGCUUACUGCCAAGUCACAUACAAUCAGAUCUUGUCGACAGGCUUACUACCAAGUCACAUACUAUCAUAUGUUGUAGGUAGGCUAACUGCCAAGUCACAUACUAUCAUAUGUUGUAGGUAGGCUUACU